AUGUCUCUCCCGGUACUCAACAUACCCAUUGAUUACGAUGAUGAGCUAGAUAAAAUACAGAACUUUUUAUCCACAUAUGUGGGCACAAACAAGCAAUGGGACGAGGGUUUUGCAGAUAUGGCGCUCAGCGAUGACGAGGAUGAUCAGCAAGAUGCUAGUAGGAAAAGUCUCAAAUACAUGCAGCAGCUUCAACGCAUAGCAAAUCGUGAGCAGCAGAUGCUCACCAUUGACAUGGAAGACAUCCACCAGCACGAGAAAACGGUCUCUGAACUGGUAUCUCGGAUACGAAACAACACUCGGCGCUACGUCGCGCUUUUCAGCGAAGCCGUGGACAAACUCAUGCCGCCUCCAACCAAGGACAUCAGUGAACAUGAUGAAGUAAUCGAUGUCAUUCUGCACCAAAGGCGAGAGCGGAAUGAGCAGACUGAAGGCAGUCAAGAGGGCUUCCCCGACCAUCUCUUGCGGCGAUACAACCUUUAUUUCCAGCCUCUUCGGUCCGAUGUUGCUCUGGCCGUCCGAGAGGUCAAGGGAACCUAUCUUGGCAGGUUGAUCACUGUUCGGGGCAUCGUUACCCGCGUGUCAGAAGUCAAGCCACUGCUCCUUGUGAACGCCUACACCUGCGAUGUUUGCGGUUCCGAAACAUUCCAGCAGAUAUCCAGCAAAACCUUCUCUCCCAUUGCGGACUGUCCGAACGAACAGGAAUGCAAGAAGAACGGCAUACGUGGCUCCCUUCACAUGCAGACUCGAGCAUGUCGAUUUAGUCCUUUCCAAGAAGUCAAAAUUCAAGAGAUGGCCGACCAAGUGCCAGUAGGACACAUACCUCGAUCCAUGACUAUACAUGUGCACGGCAACCUGACGCGCCAAAUGAACCCGGGUGAUGUUGUUCAUCUUGGGGGUAUCUUCCUCCCAAUUCCCUACACAGGAUUCCAGGCCAUCCGAGCUGGACUACUCACAGAUACCUACCUCGAAGGACACCACAUCCACCAACUCAAGAAGCAAUAUGGUGACAUGGAAAUGACGCCACAAAUACAGGCACAGAUCGCGGAGAUGCAGGCAGACCCGUCACUGUACAACAAGCUUGCCCAGAACAUCGCGCCCGAAAUAUAUGGACAUACGGAUGUGAAGAAAGCCUUGUUGCUGUUGCUUGUGGGGGGUGUAACAAAGACGAUGGGUGACGGGAUGAAGAUUCGUGGCGACCUCAAUAUAUGCCUUAUGGGUGAUCCUGGUGUGGCCAAGUCGCAGCUACUGAAGUACAUCUCGAAAAUCGCUCCUCGAGGAGUCUACACUACGGGUAAAGGUUCAUCAGGAGUUGGUCUUACAGCUGCGGUCAUGAGAGACCCGGUUACCGAUGAGAUGGUUCUUGAGGGCGGUGCCCUGGUUCUUGCCGACAACGGCAUUUGCUGCAUCGACGAAUUUGACAAGAUGGAGGAAACAGACAGAACUGCGAUUCACGAAGUCAUGGAACAGCAAACAAUCUCCAUCUCAAAAGCUGGAAUAUCGACGACUCUGAAUGCUCGCACAUCCAUACUUGCGGCCGCGAAUCCUCUGUAUGGCCGGUAUAACCCGAAAGUGUCGCCUGUCGAAAACAUCAAUCUGCCCGCUGCGCUCCUAUCUCGUUUUGACCUUUUAUUCCUCAUCCUGGACAAACCGACUAGAGAAGACGAUGAGCGACUGGCGCAACAUGUAACCCAUGUGCACAUGUUCAACUGCCAUCCUGAGCUUGAGUACGAUGUUGUUGACCCUGUCCUUAUGAGACACUACAUCGCCCAAGCUCGCCAACGCCGUCCUACCGUUCCCUCAGACGUCUCUAGCUACAUCGUCGACUCUUAUGUCCGCCUUCGCAAGCUCUCGAAAGACGAGGCCGCACAAAAGAAAUCCCAUACUUACACUUCCGCACGUACGCUCCUCGGUGUGCUUCGUCUCGCACAAUCUCUCGCACGCCUGCGCUUCGCAGACAUCGUGCAGCGGGCUGAUGUUGACGAGGCACUCAGGCUUAUGGAAUGCAGCAAAGAGAGCCUGCACGAUGAUGAUGACAAGGAGUAUGAGCCUGAUCGGUCAGUCGUCAGUCAAAUCUUCAGGCUCAUCAAAAGCAUGUCGAACGAGGGCGGGAGGAAACGGAGAAAGAGACAGAAAAGGUUUGGUCGAGGCCCCGGCGGGGAACGCGAGAUGGACGUCGACUCGGACGAAGAGGAGGAUGAUGGGGAAGAACUCGCUCUCAUUGACGUUCGGUCCCGUGUGUUGGGUGCUGGAUAUACUGAGGCGCAGCUUAAUGAUACCAUUGCGGAGUAUGAAGCUAUCGAUGUCUGGACACGUGUAGCAAAUGGCGCAAAACUGCGCUUCAUUCUUGAUUAA